AAGCCUCUCAGGAUAUCCCUGGCCCGCUCGUCCUUGGCUGACAUGAUGCGGCGCCUGCCGCCUGCGGCCCUCCCACGCUGGCUCGGCGGGGCCUCGCAGACGGUACUCAGGACCCGAGACGGAGCCGCUGCCCGGCCGGACCCCUCAGGCAAGCAGCGGUGGCGGCCAGACCCGAACCGGCCUCUCCCUCCCCUCGGCUCCCGCUUCUGAUCCCUUCGCCUUCCCUCUAGUCGUGGAGCUCCCGCCCUGAAGCCAAUGGCAAGCCAGCCUCGGCGAUUGGCAUUCCGAAUAGCCAAUAGCAACGCUCAGCGGCUUCGCUCGGGGACGGAGAGCGUCAGUGGGAAAGGCCCUCCCGGAGGAGUCCCGGAGGACUGGAUUUUGUUCCUGUUGUUGCCUAGAGUUUGUCCCAGCGGAGCGGUGGCUUGAAAUCUUCAGAAGCUCGAGGCACCUACUCCGGUCGCCGGGCACACUAGCGGUCUGAGACUAUGGCAGGCUGCUCUGUGCAAAGUGGCAGAAACUACAUUUCCCAGUCUCCAAGGGAGUACGCUAUCCCAGCUCACCGCUAGAAGCCAGGGACUACAAAUCCCAGUACAAUCUGCGCUCGGUCUUUCUAACUUUAGGCUCCAGUGUGCCGCGUAGUGUGCGCAAAUUUGGAAUCCUUUUUAGGGUUGGUUUCUGAAUCCGGUUUCUUGAAACCCGGCGGGAAGGUCCUCUUUCUCCCUGGAGACAUGACAGCCCACCGACAGUUAACUUCUGUUUACAAGGAACUCAGAAGUCGGCAAACCAUGGGUUUAUGUUGUGUUUCUGCUUCGGACUGGGAGAGCUAAGGAUUGUAUGUAUACUCAACGUCAGUAUAGGAAGACUUAAAAGAGUUUGCCAACCCGAUAACUUUUUAUCUUUAAUUUUUUAAAUAUGAGGAAAUUGAGGACCAGAGAGGCAGACUGGCCGCAGAUCACAGAAAGUUGAGAAAGUUAGAAUUUGGCUUUAAGUCUACUGACCUGUAGUCUAGUCUCUUUGCACUACACUGGGGAGGCGAUAUUUUUAGCAGCAUGACAAUGUGAUUGUUUUUCCCCUUGAACAAUUUUCCCAACUAGAGCAAUUCAGAAUAGAUAAGCAUUUAUUUGGUGGGUUUCCUGAAAGGAGCAAUAGUGUGAGAGUGUGAUAGUCUCAGUCUAGAUACGUCUUGCUAUUUUAACUUGAUUUUUUUGUCAUUCAAUUUAACAUUUAAUAUGAUUUUCCCAGAAAACAGGGAAAGUUGUUUUUAUCCCUCUGUUUCUUUAAAGACGCCCAUGUCCUUCCGUAGGCUUUCUUUCCUGUUCCUGUUCCCAUUUGAGGACCCACCCAUUUUUUCCUUUCAGAUCUCAAGACUGGAGAAUGGCAGGUGAACAGAAACCUUCAAGCAACCUCCUAGAGCAGUUUAUUUUAUUAGCCAAAGGUACCAGUGGCUCAGCCCUCACCACUCUCAUAAGCCAGGUGCUGGAGGCUCCUGGAGUAUAUGUGUUUGGAGAACUGCUGGAGUUGGCCAAUGUUCAGGAGCUUGCAGAAGGAGCUAAUGCUGCAUAUUUGCAGUUGCUGAACCUGUUUGCCUAUGGAACAUACCCGGAUUACAUAGCCAACAAGGAGAGCCUGCCUGAACUGAGCGCAGCUCAGCGGAACAAGCUGAGGCAUCUUACCAUCGUGAGUUUGGCAUCAAGAAUGAAGAUAUUGAUGAUUACCCCUGGCCUGCAUUGCCUAAGCACAGAGACAGCUGUUGCCUGUUGUAUCCCCUACUCUGUGCUGCUGAAGGACCUGGAGAUGAGGAAUCUCCGGGAACUAGAAGACCUUAUCAUUGAGGCUGUCUACACUGACAUCAUCCAGGGCAAGCUGGACCAGCGAAACCAGCUGCUGGAAGUGGAUUUCUGCAUUGGCCGUGAUAUCCAAAAGAAAGAUAUCAAUAAUAUUGUCAAGACCUUGCAUGAGUGGUGUGAUGGCUGUGAGGCGGUUCUGUUGGGCAUUGAGCAGCAAGUAAUGAGAGCCAACCAGUACAAAGAGAACCACCACCGGACUCAGCAGCAGGUGGAGGCAGAGGUCAGCAACAUCAAGAAGACACUCAAAGCAACAGCCUCCUCCUCAGCUCAGGAAAUGGAGCAGCAGCUGGCUGAACGCGAGUGUCCCCCUCACACUGAGCAGAGGCAGCCUACUAAGAAGAUGUCCAAAGUGAAAGGUCUGGUCUCCAGCCGCCACUAGGGCCGGCUGGGGCAGCUGGCACUCACCAGGCCUGGGUCAGGUGGGGAGGGGACACCCAGGGCCUAUUCCUCCCCUCUCCACCUGUAGUGAGUUCCAGACCUGCCCACCCCUCACCAGUACCUCCCCCAUCCCCCAUUGGUACCAUUGCGGAAAAUGAUUGCUCCUCCUUUGCCUCCUUUCCUAGUUGAACCCUUCAGACUCAGGGGCUCAACGGAUGCCAUCCUAACAGGGUCCGACACUGCCCAGCUUCCCUCCAGGGGUUCCUUUGCUCCAUGUCAUUUUGUCAGGCUGGUCCUAAGCUGGAGGUAGUUUCCCCAGCCUUGAGGGAUGACUGUGGAGCAGGCUUCUCUCUUUGGAGUGAAGAGGAGCCUCGCUCUCCAGCCCCGUGUACUACAGUACCCACAAUGGUGCAAGUGUCUCUAGUCAGGGAGCCACGUUGCCCCUCUCCUGCCUUACCCUGUUGGCAGUGCCAGUUCAGGCCGUGGAGGGACGUGGUGCUGGGCUCUGUUUACUAAACCUUUGGGUUUUCAGCCUCUUAAGCCCAGCUAGGAUCUCACGUCAAGUUGGCUGACUAACCUCUGGUAUCUGAGUACAGUGGGGGUGCUUGGGGUCUGUGGUUGGCAGAAGGUGUUCCUCCCAGCUUGGUGUCCUCUGCCGGCCACUCCUCCUACUCUCCCUGACUGCUCAGCCGCGAUUUGGCACGUAGGCCCAGCUGCCCACUGGGAUUAUCUGCCGACAUUUGCUCUCCCGAGAUCUCUCAUGCCUCCUGGCUGCCCCGGGGUAGGAAUGGUGGUGCCGAAGCCCCUCAGACUGGUGAAGGACCAUUGCUGCUUCUUUCUCCUUCCUUCCCGCCCUCCUUGGCUGGUGACCAGAGCCCUCUGAUGACAUCAUAUUCCUGGCCAGAGAAAAGGACUUGACUAGACUUUCUGAACUUGAACAGUUUCAGGUUAUAUUUUAAUUUUUUUUUUUUUUGUACAGGUUGAUUCUAAUACAUUUCAACAUGCUUUUUUCUCCCUUUGUGUCAAUAUUUGUUACAGUCUAACCGCCGGGGAUUUCUCACCUGGUUGGAGGGUGUGUGUGUGUGUGUGUCUGUGUGUGUGUCUGUGUGUGUGUGUGUGUGUGUUGUUAUUUUCUCCUAAGGGGAGGUGAAGGCCUUGGACUGAUUUUAAACUCUAUUGAGGAAAAAGCACAUUUUAGAAAAACAACAACAACCAACAAAACAACAGGAGUGUAGAUUUGACAUAUGUGACUGUGGAAUGUGGGGUUGUAUAGAUGGGUUUGGAGAGCAGUAAUUUGGGUGGUUUAGAGAAUGUGACUGUUUUGUAGCAUGAUUGAAAGUGGGUUGAUCCAGUGUUUAAAGUAUUCUUGGUUUCCUAUAUGGUUAGGCUCAUAUACCACUGUGCCUAACCAGAGGUAAGGUUUGACUCCCAGAGUGUGUCUGAUGAGUCUCUGGAUCACAUCUCUGUGGAAGAGGGCUCCUGUUGUUAAAUAAAUGUGGAACUCCCUGCACUCUAAA